AUGGAUCUGAAAUUUGUAAUCUUCUUUCUUAUUCCCAUUGUCAUUGGAAGCCUGGGAAAUUUCUGCCUUUUAUGGCAUUCUACCUUCCUUUACUUAAGUGGCUACAGGGUUAGGUCCAUAGAUUUGAUACUCAGGCACCUUACUGUGGCCAACCUCUUAGUCAUUUUCUCCAGAGGAAUCCCAGAGACCAUGUCAGUGCUUGGUAUGAAAGACUUCCUGAAUAAUGAUGGAUGCAAACUGGUUUUCUAUGUUCAAAUGAUAGGCAAGGGUGUGUCUUUCAGCACUACCUGUCUGCUGAGUGUCUUCCAGGCCAUCACCAUCAGCCCCAGGAGCUCAAAAUGGGCAAAGAUGAAAGCUCUAAAAUACAUUGGACUCUGUCCCUUCAUAUUCUGGGUCCUGCACAUGAUGCUAAACUUCAGAGCUGUUUUGUUUGUCGUCGACAAAAGGAACAACUCAGAACUCACAACCACUAUUGAUUAUCAGUACUGUUCAGUUACAAAUUCUAGCAAAGACAACAACUCCAUUUUUGUGGCAUUGACAUUAUCACACGACAUUUUGUGUUUGCAACUUAUGAUCUGGAGCAGUGGCUCCAUGGUUUUCAUUCUUUACCAGCACAAGCAGCGAACUCAGCAUAUUCACAGACACAACAUAUCAACAAGCUCCUCUCCUGAGACCAGAGCUUCUCAAAGCAUCCUCAUCCUGGUCUGUGCCUUUGUAUCCUUCUAUGUUUUGACGUCUAUCAUGAAUGCUUGGUUCUCUUUUUACGACAAACCUGCUUCAUGGCUAGUUAAAACCUCUUCAUUAAUCCAUGCCUGUUUCCCUACUGUUAGUCCCUUCAUUCUCAUGACUCGUGAACAGCGUGUAUGCAGUCCAAAGUAA